UGAUGUCAUAAGCAAUGGUGCCUUGCAUUUAACUCCUUGCAUCAACCUUGUAUAAAUUCAACAUUAAAUGCAUCAACUGGAGUUUUCUCUGGGAGGCCCGGGCACUGAUGACGUAAUUACCUAUUUGUUUUCAAGUAAUGAUUCAUGAUCUAUGUCAAUCGUACCGAUAUCUCAUUAAAAAACCUUUCUCUUCAAAGCCUUUCCACGAUUCAACCAAACAUAAAAAACAUUGGCUCAACCCCGACUGGAUACAUCUUGUAGUAUUGAAGUUAGAAUUUAGGUGUUGCAUAUUUAAUACUAUAACUUUAAUAUCAUAGUUGAGGUUACUUCAAUGAUGAAAACUAGAGCAAUAUAGAUACUCAAAAGCAAAACAAAGCGAGUGGAAUAUUUUGCAAAGCAGAAUCUAUAAAAAAUUGGAAUAAAAUUACUAAAAUCUACAAUAUAUUGUCACAAAUAUGAAUACAAAUCAAAUUGAAUAAUUUACAUAAAAAAGGAUGUGUGAAGGUUAUGCAACCACUUUGAUUAUCUUUUUCGACAAGGGGGGAUAAAUUUCACACUCAAAUCUUGCAAAUCUUUGUUUUCAUAACAGCGAUAUAAUUUACUCUCUGUAAAACCCAUCAUGUAAGCAAAAAAUUUCGAAACAUCGCCUUCAGCGUCAAGGUAACCCCCCUGAAAAUGUUGUACGAUUCUUUAACAAUGUCAAGACAGGUGCUACAGAUCAGUGGCUGAUAUAAAUUUGAAUGCCGCUCCAUCUGAGUGCAAUCUUAUUGCAACAAGCAUACAGUCAUGAAGUCUGAUCUCAAGUUUCUCGUUCCGCUAUCCAUUUCCGUUGUCCUCUUGAACAGCUUGGCAAUAUUUGUCACAAUAUCGACACGUGCUGAACGGCGCAAAUCCACGACACUUACCCUCGUAAGUCUAAUGGUGAGUGACAUUCUCGUUGGAGCUGUCGUAAUUCCGAUGCGCAUUAUCGAAAUACUACUGCUGCAAAGUGCUGCAUUUCCGUACAUAUACGCAUAUAUAUUGUUCGUUGCCGUUUUUAAUGUCGCUUUCUUGGCAUGGGAUCGCUACGCGAGCAUUGCGAGGCCACUUUGGAGGCGGCAAAUUGGCAAUGGCAAGAUGAUAACAAUCCUUUUAAUGAGCUGGGCUGUGCCAGCAUUGAUCAGCUUUUUGCCGUUUUGCUGGACACAUUCACCUCGCUAUCAGGAAACAAUGAAGAAAAUCUACAGAUACUUCUUGGUUGCCAUACUCCUAACGACCGUAGUCACGGUUGUGAUGCUCCAGCUUUUCGUCAUGCAUCGCUUGUAUAUAUUUUGGAGAAGUAACAAACAAGGCAAGCAGCAAGUGCUUACACGCGCAUCGAAACACGGAUCGGCCGACCAUUCAUUCAAGAGAAAACUCACAUCCACAAUACUGGUUAUUUCCGUAACGAUGAGUACAGUGGCUACCUGGCUGCCGACCAUCAUACUGAACUUUCGCCCAGAAUGGAUCACAACGUGGGUUGCUAAACUAUCACUCUACUCGUUUUUUAUCAACUCUCUAGUGGACCCUAGUCUCAUCCUGCUCUUUAAUUUCCGCUUAUUCAUGCGCGCGCGGAGGCAACGGGGAAGAAAGUGGUGGAAUACGGCACGGUCGAACGGCUUUCCGCAAACCGAGGUAAUAAAGCUUAGGAGCGUCAGUCGAUGAAUAUAUACAGAACAUGAUGGCCUUAACAACCUGUACGUCAAUACAACAUCAAUAGUUAACUUAAGCAAAGGUGAGGAAGUCAAUAUAUAACGAGCUGUAGAGACAUGAUCUAAAUUGUUGCCAAAGAAUAGUUAGUAUGCUUUGAAUGUUCUGUAUGAAAGUUGCGAUAAGACGAUUUGAUUAGCUUUACUUCGUUAGAUUAAUUAAGUUGCAUAAUGCCUUGCCAUCGAAUUAUACAUUUGAUCUUUACUUAGAUGUUUUGCUUUAUGUAAAUGCAAGCUUUUAUCCUCGCACAAACCCUGUAAUUAUAGCACCGUUUUUCGAAAUCGAUAUGUUAUAGGCAAGGAUUAAAAGCACCGUUAAAAACUAGGGAAUCAAUCUUUCACCCAAGCCGCAUUAAGAAAAUUUUCGUACAGCUAAACCAAAACUGCGGAAAUUUUUUAGCUUGCAAUGAUAAACACCCACCACAUGGUGUAUUCACCCAGUGCAAUAAUGCGCCGAUGACGCAAAUGUUAAUGAGAACGAGAUCAUGUUUGAAAUAUAAAGCGAUGUGAUGUUGGUUGUUUUUUAAUACGAACAACAGGAAACAUUCAUGGGUCCCACGAUAAGAACGACCUUUAACUUGAUCUCGAAGAGAAGAUAUAUACAAUACUAAAAUAACAGCAAAAUUAAAGCCUGGCAAUCUUUCGUACAGGAGUGAAAAACAACGCAGCGUUGAAUAUACAAGACAAAGAAUGGACACAUGUUCCAUUAAAGGGCCAUCACCCCAUCCCCACUGUAUAUAAAUGUAAAUUCUUGAGCAUUGUAGCUGAAAUAGUUCAUGAAAAGUAAAUAUACGAAAGUUUACUGCUCGUUUAUGUAACAUUAAAAUGUGAACGCUUUCGGGAAAAAUGUUUAUAUGAACACGUGAACGUGUUUGCAUAAAGUGGUUAGAACAGUCAAAGUUAUUGUACACUGGCAAUGCGUAAACUGAAACGCAUUCAGUCGAAUUACGCGAUGUAAUUUACUUUUAACUUUUUAGCAACUUCAGCAAUUUUAUUUGAUGUUCGUCUACUUGAGUAUUUUCUACUCAGAUAAAAAUUGAUUGUAUAUAUGAAGUAGCUGAGCGCAUUCGGUGUCAAUCUUUGACCAAUAGCCUGCCAGAUUCAAGGGUCGAAAAAACUUCUAAUGCAACAAUAAUAUGAAUCAUCUACUUUACAAACAUCUGCCCUUCUUCCAUAUGAUCGAACUGAUUUUGUAAUGCAACCGAAACUCUUCAGCAGGCCAAAACAAAACACCAUAUGUAAAUAUAACAUCUAUAAAAAAAAUCUGCUGAUCGAUGCAAUCGACUUCAAAAUCUAGUCAAAAUAUUCCGCGGAAAUCCCAUCUGGAUACAAAACAGGUUUAGCAGAACAUCAGCAAAUUGAUCGAUCGUUCGAUGAACAAUUAAAUGACCGGGCAACUUGUUGAAAGCGGAUCGAAAAACAGAUCGGUACAAACAGAGGCGGAUGUAAGUGGCUGUAAGUAAGCGGGAUUUAAUUACUGGAUUUUUUGUCACAACUUUCAGGGGACUGUGAACUUUGGAAAACCCCAAUUUUAAAAUUCAGUUUUUAACUUCAAAAAAAAUAAAACAAGAAGACAAACAAAUCAACUUUACUUCAUCAUUUUCUUACUAUUGACCACUAAAAAAUGCUUUUUACAGAUUCGAAGCAAAAGUUACCAAAGAAAACAAAAUAUUUGGGGUAUUGCACCCUCCACAGCCCCCGGUUAAUCCGUUCCUGGAUACAAAAAUGAACUAACAAGACAAAAAACUAAUUCUAAACAGGCAAGGAAAACGACAAGAGAGUUCAUAAACAUAUUCUGAUAGAGACACUGCGGGCGACUAGAUUCUUGAAAGAGACAAAGUGAGAGAGAGGCACAGUGACGCAGUAGCCCAACGUAUGUUGAGUGUUUAGGAACAAGUAAGAAUUGUUGUUCUAAGGCCGCCAAGAACCCCUUGAUUGACAACGAACAUAGACACGGGCCCUUUAAUAUGCCCGGGCCCCUAAAUUUGCCCGGGCCUUUAAAUGUGCCCCGGCCAUCCUCCCCUGUAGGCGAUCGAAGUUGUUCCUGGAUACAUUGGAGCCUCAUAUAACGGACGCCGUUCGGACCUUUGUAAUUCUCCGUUGUAUAAAAGUGUCCGUUGUAUAGAGGUGUCCGUUGUAUAGAGGUGUCCGUUGUAUAGAGGUGUCUGUUCUAAAGAGGUGUCCGUUGUAUAGAGGUGUCCGUUGCUGAGAGAUGUCCGUUGUAUAGAGGUGUCCGUUGCUGAGAGGUGUCCGUUGCUGAGAGGUGUCCGAUGCUGAGAGGUGUCUGUUGUAUAGAGGUGUCUGUGUAUAGAGGCUCCACUGCAUAUCAAGGAUGUACAUUUAUGGUUUUUUAAAGCAACCUUUUUGCUCACAAAACAAGGCAAACGGCCCUUUGUUGGCAAUUAGUGGUAACAUAAUACCAAUUACUGAAGAAGCGAAUUUCAUUCACUUGAAAGCGAGUGGAUUAAUACAAAUCGCUGAAACAGACUUUGUUUUCCUCGUGUGCUCAUCCAAUCAACGUAUGUAUGACCACGCCUGCUUACUAUGCAGAAAAUCCAAACUCGAUUACAACUUCACGUACCAAAUG